AUGGUCAACUUAAACGAGUUCACGCAGAGGCAUGAAGCCGUAAAGGCUGUCGAGUAUGGCAAGGACAAACUAAUUGAGGAUCUAAUUGCGGAAGUCAAACAGCUUCAAGCCGCCUUGGACCUCGAAAAAGAGGGAAUGGAGGAUCAGAGAACCCUGGCUAAAGCAAUCAAGUUUGACCUUAAGAAGUACAAGUCUGAUAUGGAGGAUAUGCAACGGAAGCAAUCGAAACUGAGUUUUGUAUCGGUGCUCAUUGAUGGCGACUGUAUGAAUUUUCAUGAUGAUUUUGUCCAGGAUGGACAGAGGGGAGGAAGGUCGGCGGCUCGGCUUCUCACCGAGAAAGUACAGCGCUAUAUCCAAGACUUCAACCCCGAGGCCGGCCCCAAUGUCCAAUAUAGGAUCCGGGUGUAUGCAAACGUGCGUGGGCUGGCGAAGACAUAUCGUGACACCAAUACUAUUACCGAGGACGGUACAUUGGAUUCGUUCAUUCAGGGUUUCAAUAUGGAAGGUGUUUUCUGUGAUUUUGUGGAUGCAGGUAAUGGGAAAGAAUGCUCGGAUGUUAAGAUCAACGCCCUGUUGGAGUCAGAGAUUGUGGACGUGCACUGUCUACACGUCGUCUUCUGUGCAUCCGCGGACAAUGGCUACGCCCGCGUGCUUGGACGUCAUCGUGGCUCGGAAAAGGUCUCCCUGGUCGAGGGGCCGCCUUUCGCACGCGAAAUAAGAGAGCUCGCCUCCGAAUUCGAGACGACCUCAUUCCCCGAGGUGUUCCGGCCGCAAAAGCUGAGCAGGCGAGUCUCAUUCGGCAGUGCGCCGUUGACCCCAACUGGGACACCUGUUACCAAUUACGCCUCGAUAGUGAGAAUCCCGCCUCGGCCUCAAGAAGAGGCCUCCUCCUCGACACCGAUCAGCGCUCUUCCAACGGGUCCCAGCGCGAAGGGCAAGACCAAGCUGGGAGUACACAGGAACGCCAGCGGGCAGCGGGUGGACAGCCAUAUCUAUUUUUCUUCGCGAGCCAAUCUGGAUGCACUCAAGCAGCAGAAGCUCUGUAAUCAGUACCACAUCCUGGGAUCCUGCUCGUACGGCAAGGGCUGUACGCACAAGCAUGAGCACCGGCUGGGGAAGGAGGAUGUGGCUGAUCUGAUGUAUAUUGCGAGGCUGAGCUGGACAUCGGUGUCCGCAGAGGGCCUGUGCUGGGCCUUCAUCUGGCUGUAA